CGCCAUAUACUCUGAGGAGGAAAUCCACGUGUUUGUAUCCGGAAGGUAAAAGUUCUCCGUGUCGCGUGUACUGCGUGUUUAGGGUGUGAGGUUCAGCACUGAUGCCGAAGGUGAAGCGUGUAAAAGCGGAGGGGAGUCGCGGCUCUGUCCCUCUGGCAGAUCAGAUCCUACAGGGAGACUCAGCUCUCCGGUACACACACAGGGACAAGCAGCGCAGACAUGAGGAAGAGGAGGAGGAGGAGGAAGACGAAGAGUAUGUCAAUAGCAAACUGUCCCGCAAAAUACUACAGCAGGCCCGCAUUCAGCAGGAGGAGCUGCAGGGGGAGUUCGGGCUCAGUCCUGGGGUGGACAAGAAGAAGACACAGCCUUCUGUAGUGUUGGGUCCGAGCAGUAAGGAUGCUGAGUCCGAUGAGGAAUGGCCCGAUCUCGGGGCAGAGCAGGGAGAAAGUGGCACAGAGGUGGAGGUUGAUCUGGAGGAUGAAAAGGCCAUCCAGAUGUUCAUGAACAAGAACCCACCUGUCAGGCGUACUUUAGCUGACAUCAUCAUGGAAAAGAUCACAGAGAAGCAGACGGAGGUGGGCACAGUGAUGUCAGAGGUUUCAGGGCAGCCCAUCCCUCAGCUUGACCCCCGGGUUAUAGAAGUGUACAGAGGAGUCAGUAAGGUUUUAUGUAAGUACCGCAGUGGGAAACUGCCCAAGGCGUUUAAGAUAAUCCCGGCACUGUCCAACUGGGAGCAGGUCCUUUACCUCACCGAGCCUGAGAAAUGGAGUGCAGCAGCGAUGUACCAGGCCACACGGAUUUUUUCGUCAAACCUGAAAGAGCGGAUGGCUCAGCGCUUCUACAACCUGGUGCUGUUGCCGAGGAUCAGAGAUGACAUCGCCGAGUACAAGAAGCUGAACUUCCACCUGUACAGCGCUCUGAAGAAAGCUCUGUUUAAACCCGGGGCCUGGUUUAAAGGAAUCCUGAUCCCGCUGUGUGAGUCAGGAACCUGCACUCUGAGAGAGGCCGUCAUCAUCGGCAGCAUCCUCACCAAGUGUUCUAUACCUGUACUGCACUCCAGUGCCGCCAUGCUGAAACUGGCUGAAAUGGAAUACAACGGAGCAAACAGCAUCUUCCUACGCCUGCUGCUGGAUAAGAAGUAUGCGCUGCCAUUCCGUGUGCUGGAUGCACUGGUUGCUCACUUCCUGUCGUUCCGGACAGAGCAGCGUGUUCUUCCUGUGCUGUGGCAUCAGAGUCUGCUCACACUGGUGCAGCGCUAUAAGGCUGACCUGGCCUCCGAGCAGAAGGGUGCGCUGCUGGAGCUGCUGAAGGUUCAAACACACACACAAAUAUCAGCUGAAAUCAGGCGUGAGCUUCAGAACGCAGAGGCCAGAGACAAGGAGGAUGCCACACCUGCCAUGAUAAUGGACUGAAUAAACACAAGACCUAGCUGUGUUCACGCUGCUGCAUAACUUAUAGGUGCACAAAUUCCCGUUAGUGACCGGUGAACCUUAAUAAACCUAUUUAUUGCAGUGUAAUUACAGUGAUAAAAGACUGUGGGG